GAAAGAUUGGUCGUUAGAUGGCAGCAUAGCGUCAUUUAGUGGCCAUUUCCCUGGCUUCAAUAAACUACGCGAAGAAGAGCGACUUCCGCAAUCAUGCUAACGCUAACGACCGGAUUACGCUGCUAAACGGGGACGCAGUCGUGUGUCUUAAUAUGGCAACACCAGUGCCUGUGCUCCGUCUGCCCAAAGGACCAGACCCAAACAGUCGUGGAUUUGACCCCAAUUCACCCCGUUUCAUUGCCCUCUGUCGCACCUCCAUAUCCACUUCUGCUGCUUCAGAGUUGGACCCUGAGGAGCUGCAGAAGGAGCAGCAUGCACGCUCGGUGCUGAGGGAAAAGUUCCUGCGCUGUCUGUUCGCCAUGACAAACAAGCAGGUUUACUUUAACCUGCACGAGAAGGUGAAGGUGGAGGCCACGUUUGGAGCAUCUGACAUUGAUGUGCUGAACUUUCAGGUGUCAGACUUACACACGCCCAUUGGGGUGCAAAAAGAAGCACUCAUCAGGAGUAGGGAUGUGAUUUCAUGUCAUUUUGAUGUAUGAACACCCGAGGACUUAACUAAUACAAACAGGACAUUGUGUUUUGGAUUAAGAGGAACUUAUUUUGUUUUUGUUUGUUUUUUGUAUUUGGAUAAGAUAUCACCAAAAAUGUUAGCAACCGUCGUUUUGCCAUUUGUUACUGUUUGAGUCUCCUGUCACUAUUAAGUUACUACUUACAUCAAUCCUACCACAAGAGGGAGGUAUAUCACUGUUUCAAAAACCUGACGACGUCCUGUUUGGCUUCACUAGCUUGAUGUAUGUGUGAGUAAGAGCGAAAAUAAAUAAAUAUAUAUAUAUAUAUAUGUUUC